AUGAAAAGUACCAAGAAGAGACGCAAGGCCUUUGAAGACAGCAUCGGCAAGGGGGUUGCAGGUGUAGACGCAGACGCAGACACAGACGCAGACACAGACGCAGAUGCAGGCGCAAGAGGUAGUAGUAGGCGCAGCCGCAGCGGAGUUUGUCUCGUACAGGGUGGGCCAGCCGAGGGUGAAGUUGUCGAUUUACCAACAACCGCGCCAGAAAGACGCCGCUCGAGUCAAAUCAUCGACUCAUCGGCUCGAGGUUUGCUGUGA